AUGUCUAGCCAGCCAAAAAUCGAACUCCUUCAAUGUGAGGUCGACAUGGACGACGACGUCAGUUAUUUCCGAUUGCUUGUCGAGUCCGAGUCCGAGUCCAAGGUUUCAAAAACUACAGAAUCAACCAAAUGCAUCAAAUACCUCACCAUCGACCCGGGCCUAUUCAGUAUCGAAGACAUGUGUUUCGGUCCGUCCUUGGUCUCUCUACUUCCUCCCUUUCCGCCAGGAAACUGGAACGACGGGACCAUAUCCCGGGAUGCUACUACCGGCCUCCCACAAAUUCACACGCAAGAGGUUGCGCUUCCUGGGGUCCAGAAUAUCUGGCAUCCUCUAUUGAUCGACUACUUGGAUCUUACCAUUGGAAAAAAGCUACGGACGGGCAUAUAUGAAGUGUCGUUUGACUCUCCCACGGAUUCGAGACUGGGAGCUAUCAAGAUGCCGGUGGUAGCCAAGUUUGCGCGGUUCUCUUGGGAGAUUGGAUAUCUUGAGAACGAAACGACGGCGUUUGAAUGGAUACAGUCGGAACCACACGGACAACCAAACGGACAACAGCAACACGGGCAAAAAGAAGAUAUAGAUCAGGGAGAGCAAACAGCUACCAAAAGCCAAAAUAAUACCGAAAGCAUCGGAGGCAACGAAAACGUCGGACCCCGCUUCCUCGCCCAUCUGACUGAACAUGGACGUGUCAUCGGAUUCAUCAUGGAACGUAUCACCAACGCGCGACACGCAGAGCCCGAGGACCUCGCGGCGUGUCAAGCGACGCUGAGCCGACUGCACAGCCUGGGGAUCAAGCACGGGGACAUCAACCGGUUCAAUUUCCUGAUCAUACGAGAGUCACCCCCCUCCUCCUCCACGGCCAUUCUGAUAGAUUACGAUACUGCGCGGAAAUGCGAUGACAAGGAGGAACUGCGUCGAGAGUACGACGAUUUGGCGAGGUCUUUGCAGGAUCCGUCGGGUAGAGGCGGUGGGGGCGUGUUGUGUAGUGGGGACUGUGACGGCGGUGUAGACUAA